UCAUUUUGUCAAUGCAGUGCAGUCGCUCACUAGCAGGUGCGUUGUGCGCGCGUGCGUCCGCCAUCUUUCAAAACAGCUGAUUUCCCGCCAACACGUCGGUUGAGAUUAAGAAGAAGAUACAUUUUUAACGCGUACAAAAUUAUUGAAUGAUUUAUUGACUGCUAAAUUGAGUGUUGUGAUAUCAGGCCGAUGAAGAUGACUGUUAAUCGAAUAAGAGUCGUGGUGCUUGGGAGCGCAAGGAGCGGUAAAUCUGCUGUCGUGGUGCGGUAUCUAACGAAGCGGUAUAUUGGGGAAUACAGUUCAACUGGCGAUUUUCUUUACCAACAUCGCGCGACGUUUGACGGCGCGUCUUCGGAAGUUGAAGUUCUAGACACAUGUGGAUGUGCGAAACGAGGCUGCUUAGCGGAGCACCUCCGAUGGGGCGACGCGUUCGCAAUCGUGUAUUCAGUGUGUGACAGACGUUCGUUCUUGGCGGCGUCUGAGUUGCUGGCGUUACUGGAACGGACGAGGUUGCCUGGCUGCACUGCUAUCACUCUGUUGGGCAACAAACGGGACUUGGAACAUGCUAGAGCAGUGAAAACCGAGGAGGGACAGGAGUUAUCGCUUCAAUUUGGGUGCCAAUUCUAUGAGGUAUCUGCGGCGGAGUCAUCUGCUGGGGCUGCGCUCGCAUUCCAAGCGCUUUUGCGGGAAGCGCGCUCUCUCGCGUUGCUUCUUCCGACACCGAGACGAAAACUUGCUGCCUAUUCUGUUUCCAAGGUAAUAGGCACAAUCUUAGGUUUGAGCAAUAAGAGUGUACGAAAGAAACGACCAUCGCUUAGCAUAUGAUCUGGAUGUCUGUCUGACUGGCUUUUGUUUACUCCAAGACGGAGUUUAUUUUUGCUCUGCAAAUGCUUUUAAGGAGUUUAGCCGCCAAGGUCGAAAGGACUGAAGCGUACUGUGGGCUCUGAGAUGGCGAGGCCCGGUUGUUUUCCAGACGGGCUAGCUAUAAGCUAUCGUGCAGUGGUAUAUUGUUGGACAAAUUUGCGAGCUUUUCGCCUUUGUUACAUUUGUAAUCCAUAGGACGUUUUUUGUAUUCAUGUUCCUGAGCGGUCCCUUAUGUUUAUGUAUAUAAAAGAGUUUUUUGUUAUAAAGUAUUAUGUACCUAAAUGGACAAUACUUGGUGACAUGAAUAUUUUUAUACAAAUGUUUGUAAAGCAGUUGUCUUAAUUUGCUGUUUUUUACUAUUUUCACUAUGAUUACCCGCUUUUUAAGUACAUAUUGUUAAUGUAGAAAUCGUCAAGGGUACUUUUAUGACUUUAUCAGUAAAUAUAUAACAUAUUUUUAUUAAUAAUAAGUUGAACCCACCUGUGUGAUAAUAUUAAAUAUUAUUUAAAGACUGUAAUUUGAAUCGAGGACCAUUUGAGGUGCAAUUUUUGUAGUGUAAUGUUAUUAUACCUACUCCACUAUUAUAUUAAUAGCGUCGUUAAUUUACUAUGAAAUUUGUAACAUUGUGUAUUAUAUGUAAUAAAAUGUUUGAUAAAAAUAA